AUGGAUUCUCUCACUGAGGCAAACAACAUGCUUGCCAUUACCCUUCUGAAAAAGCUUUGCAAAGAAAAAACAGAAAAUGUGUUGUUUUCUCCCCCAAGCCUCUCAUUUGCCCUGGCCACGAUUCUCUUGGGAGCAAAGAAUGACACAGCAGCCCAAAUAGAACAUUUGUUUUCUUUAGACAGAGAUGGAGAUAUUAACCUGGGUUUCCAGUCACUUCUCACUGAAAUGAACAAACCAGUCACUUCAUAUCUGCUUGGAACUACCAACAGGCUCUUCGGAGAAAAUGCUCUGAAUUUCCUCCCAUUUUUUAAAGAAUCCUGUGAAAAAUUGUACAAUUCAGUACUGGAAGAUGUUUGCUUUUCUGAAGAGGCAGAGGCUGUCAGGAAACACAUAAAUGCUUGGGUAGCAGAAAACACUGAAGGGGUUGGAGGGAGGGAGGCAAGGGAGGCAUCCAGCAUAGUGUGCUUGACCAGCACGCCUGAAGGGAAGCAGAUCUGGGAAGUUAUUUUCUGGCUACAUAGUGGAAGAAGUGUCAACCCACGGGGCUACACGGGCAGCUUGAUCGUGGGAUUUUCAAUUUUUUUCUUCCAGAUGGAAGAAGGGCUUACCUACGAAACAUUUAUAACCUGGACAAAGCCAGAAGCAGCGGACUUGAUGGAAAUUCUUAGGAAACAAUUAUUCCUCCCUAGAAUCAAGAUAGAGGAAUCUUAUGACAUGGUUCAUAUUCUCUGCAGUUUGGGAAUAUCUGAUGCCUUUCAUGAGGAUAAGGCUGACUUUUCUGGACUGUCAACACUCAAAGAUUUGCACCUAUUAAGUGUUUUUCACUCAUCUUUCCUGGAAUUCACUGAAGAAGGUAUCAAAGCAUCUGCUGCCACUGUAGCAGUGGAGAUACCAGGAAAUGCAAAGGGAAAAGAAGGACUUAAGAGUCCUAGUUUAUUCUUUUUCUUGAUCUGGAGCCAUAAAAUUAAGAGCAUCCUGUUCUGCGGCAGAGUUUGCAUUCCCUAA